AUGUGGAAUCCUUUCAAGAAGACCAAGGCUCGCAGGACAGGUGAGACGAAGACAACAGUCCAAAGGCCGUUUCAGCCACUGCCAUACUACGACUGGGGGCGCCAUGUUCGCAGCUUAGGUCUUUUUGAACACGUCGACGAACACAUGGACGUUUGGGAUGCCCAGGCGGACGCCAAGGCCGAUCCGGACUCGGCUGAGAAGCAAGAGACGGUGGCCGAUCUUCUCAUGUGUCGGACGCAAACUUGGUCCAACAACAAAGUAGGCUUCUACUUUGACUCGAGCGAGAUAUUGCGCGCAAUCAACAAGGCAAUCUCGUUGACACCCCUGGACCAGCCGGACCAGCUCCUACGAUGCGAGAGCAAGUUGGCCAUGUUCUACGAGAGACGGUAUGGGCUGAAGGGAGACGUAAGCGACUUGAGGUCCGGCAUCCCCCUGGCCCAACGUGUGGUAGCACAGACGCCAGACUCUGAUUCGACGAAGCCGUUUCGCCUCACAUGCCUCGCCAAUCUACUCGCCUACCGAUUCGAGAGGGAGGGCAACCUGGACGACGCACACAGUGCAGUCAGGUUUGCUGCUGAGGCAGCCGAGCUGGGCGAGCAGGCAAACCAGGGCGACGACGGCAACAAGGAUGUGGUUUCGCGGCUGAAGCGCAACCUAUCUGUCAAGCUCGAGAUGCGCUCGAGCCGGACGGGGAGCCUGAGCGAUCUGGAGCAGGCCAUCCAGCUGACCGAGCAGGCCCUCGAUCUUGUAACCGCCCGCAAUCCGGAUCGGCUGCGCUACAUUAGCGAGGCUGGAAACAUGCGGGCAAUCAAGUUUCAGAAAUCCAAAGAUAUUCGUGACCUCAUGCGCGGCAUCGCGGCCAUGGAGCGCGCAACGUCGGCCACCCCAAAGGGCGACGCGGGGUUGCCGAGGCUGCUCGAUAACCAGGCCAACGGAUAUCUCGAGCGGUAUGAAUGGGGAGGGGACAAGGAAGACCUGAAACUGGCCGUCGAUAAGGCCGAGGCUGCGUAUAAUGCACAGUUCCUCCUCGACCGAAACCAUCCAGACAUGGGCCGGUAUAUCACCAGCACCGCGCGGAAAUACGCUCUCCGUGCACAGAUAUCGAAUCGCCUAUGGGAUGAGGGCCUGACGGCGACCUUUUCGAAAAGGGCUCUGAACGGUCUUAUAGCUGGGCAUCCAGGUCGCGCCGAAGUCCUCGAGUGUUCAGCCGACGCACUGGCUCUGGCAUUCAAGGGGGAAGCACGCGUGCGGCCCGAGGUGCGAGAGGAGGUCAACCGUCGCCUCCAAACACAGCAGCCGAGCUUCAAGCAAAGCUUGGCUUGGAAUGCCUCACGACGACCUGUCGUGGUCGAACUGGUGGAAACUCCCUCACGAAACCUAGAGAAGGCCAUGAGCCUCUACCGGCAGGCGGCGUGCUUGGAAAACGGCCACCCCUUCACCAGGAUCCGCGCCUGCAAGAAAAUGGGCGACUUGAAGUUGAAGAACAUGGAGUGGGACGAUGCGGCUAACGCGUACGAGAUGGCCAUCAGCCUCUGGCCUAGGCUGAAUCCGCGGACCUUGGCGAGGGGCGACAUGGAGUAUGUCGUCAGCAAGCUGUCCGGGCUAGGACCCCUCGCAGCCCACUGUAUGUGUCGCUCCAAGGCACGCAGAUCGGCCGAGGAAGCUCUCCAGGCCCUGGAGUCCGGUCGCGGGGUCAUCGCUAGCCUGACUAUUGACGUCUCUGACCUGAAGAGGGAGUAUGGCGAGCUAUAUGACGGGUAUAUCGAGCUGUGUCAUGUUAUAUCGUCUCCCUUGCUGCCCAUUGGCGACACCGACGCCGACUCCAAGGUCUCGGUGGCCGCAGCCAUAUCCCAGCGGAACCAAGAAGUCGAGGAUCUGAAGCUGCUCGAGCGCCAGAUCCGCUCCAAGCCCGGAUUCGAAAGCUUCCCGCGCACUCGCUCAACCACCGAGUUCACCCAGCUUGCCGGUCACGGGCCAAUCGUGUGCUUCAGUACUACGGGGAAUUUCACCGUCGCCUUCAUCGUCACCACGGCCCGGGUCGCUGUCAUUCCUCUCAACGACAUCGAAACCAAGGACCUCCAGGGCCACGUCAAGUUAUUAGUCAGGGGCAAGUCCCCUACCAGUGUCGCGGCGUCUAAGAAGGCUGCCAACAACAAACGCGUAUGUGAGUCGCUGCAAUGGCUUUGGAUUAUGGCAGUCGAGCCCGUCCUCCAGCACCUCGGUCUCAUCCAGGAGGCCCCCCCGGAGAGGCUCCCGCGUAUAUGGUGGGUCACGAGCGGCCUCUUGGGUCUCCUGCCACUGCACGCGGCCGGGAGCGGCUGGCGCACCUCGAGGGACAACACCAUGAGCCAUGUCGUCUCGAGCUACGUCCCGACCUUCAGGGCGCUUGCGUACGUGAGGGCGAAACGGCCAAGACCGCUGGGGGAUGCCGGCACCGAGCUUCUCGUUGUGAGCGUGCCCAAGACGGAGGGAUACAAGGAGUUGGACGUCAAGCCCGAGGUUGACGGCGUCAUGCAGAAUUUCCAGCAGGGCACGGUCAGGGGUUCAGUCUUGCUGACGCCGUCUCGAAAGGAAGCGCUGGACAGGUUGAAAUCUGCCAACAUUGCCCACUUUAUCUGCCACGGCGUCUCCGAGGCCACGACGCCGUCUGCGGGCGGCUUGGAGCUGGGAGACGGAAGGCUGACCAUUCACGACGUUGGCUCCUUGUCCCUUGACCACGUGCAAAUCGCCUACCUCUCGGCUUGCUCAACGGCGCAGAACAAGAAUAGCGACAUUGUCGACGAGACGAUUGCCGUCGCGAGUGCCUUUAACCUCGUUGGCUUUCCACACGUUAUCGGGACCCUGUGGGAGGCAAGCGAUAGAAUUGCCGGCAAGGUUGCUCCGAGGUUUUACAAGAUGCUCGCCGACAACAUCCAACAAGGCUUUGGCGACAACGCUGCUGUGGCGUAUGCUUUGCAUCGGGCCGUUGCCAGCCUCUGGGAGGACAAGAAGAAUGGCCAGGGCAGGGUGGACGAGUGGGUGCCUUUCAUCCAUAUCGGAGCUUAA